AAAAUACGGAUUUAAAAGUAAAAAAUGCGGCUCUCGAAUCAGAGAAUACGAAUUUAAAAGUGAUAAAUACAGCCCUAGAAUCAGAAGUUACAAAUCUAAAAGAAAAAAACGCAGCUAGAAAUACGGAUUUUAAGCUAAGAAAUAAAGCUAUCGAAGAAGCUUAUUCCAAUCUCAUAACAAAACACGCAGUUAUCGAAUCAGAACAUGCAAAUCUUAAAUCAUUGUAUAGGGAUCUCGAAACGCAAAUAGCAGAGUCCAAAAUGAAACUUAAAGAUCUCGAUGAGAAAAAUGGAGAACUCCAAGCGAAACAUGCAAAAAUGAAAGAAACAAGCGAUGAAAGAGCUCAAGUAGAACAAGAUUUGGUACAGACAAUCAAUGAAUUGACGAUGGAAAUUCGAGAAAAGAAUAAAAAGAUCGAUGAAUUGAAUGCUGAGAAAGUCAGUAAAGUUGUUGAACAAACAAAGAAAAGGCGUAAAAAUGGAAAUGAUUAUAUGCUUUUAUAA